CGGAUCUUGGAUUAUUCACAUCCAACAGUUCAACGACGUCAAUACUGUUUCCCACAACGAACCAUGACUCCCUUCCUCCUGCUCUUCGUUGCCCUGGCAACGGCCUCUCCCGUGAGGAAUCACCACGAGCUGGACGCGAACGGCGAUGGGCAGAUCAGUCGCCAGGAGGCGCUGCAAGCCUUCCAUCUGGACCAGGUCCUUCAUGCCCUGGACUCUGACCAUGACCGGGCGUUCACCGAGCAAGAGGCCCUGCAGUUCCUAGACCAUCACUUCUUCGCCCAGCUGGACACCGACCACGACCACACGCUCACCUUCGAUGAGAUUCGCGGCGGGUUGACCCUUGGGAGUCUGUUCGACUUCUACGAUCACAACCAUGACGGUUUCCUGACGGGUUCCGAGGACGACAAGUGGUUCACCAUGUGGAACGCCGUACACGGCCACGGCGGCGGCAACUUCCGGAACCACCACGAGCUGGACGCGAACGGAGACGGACUAGUCGAACUGUCGGAAGUGACCAACUCCAUCAAUAUUGACACGGCCAUUGUUGCACUGGACUCUGACGGUACCAUCUAA